AUGAAGUUCCGCGAUGGCAUGUGGUUGGUCAAUGACCGCUUUACCGUCCAGCACGCCGAGGAGGUUUACUCCCUCGCCCCCCGCGAAGACAAGAGGGCCGUCACCCUGCUGUGUCCGAGCAAGAAGAUCCUCUCCCGCGGCGACACGCUCAACCUGAGCACCAUUUCCGUCGACAUCGAGGCCCAGUUCGAUGGCGUCAUCUCCCUCGAGGCCACUCACUUUGCCGGUGCCAGGCGUCCAGGCCCCGACUUUGACCUCUUUGCUGACGGGAGGCCUGAAUGCAAGGCCGACGUCUCCAAGACAGCCAAUGGAACCACGCUGACUUCAGGGGCACUGAGUGCAACCGUCAGCUCCAGCGAGCACACUUUCGACAUCAAGUUCCACGCCACGGAUGGAUCAAAAUCACUAACUUCGCUCGGCCACCGCAGCGUGGGCCUGGCAUACUCUCCGCCUUUGAGCACUCCCAAAACCGUGGGCGACUUGGGUGCCCACAAGCAUUACAUCUUCACCCAGACCGAUCUGGGUGUCGGCGAAACCAUCCAUGGCCUCGGCGAGCGUUUUGGCGCCUGGAACAAGGUAGGUCAAAACGUGGAGAUCUGGAACGAAGAUGGCGGCACGUCGAGCGAGCAGGCCUACAAGAAUGUGUCCUUCUGGCUGAGCUCACGAGGCUAUGGUGUCUUCAUCGACACUCCUGAUAAGAUUGACUUGGAGAUUGGAAGUGAGCGAUGUGCUCGGCUGCAGACCACUGUAGAAGCACAGCGGCUGAAAUGGUACCUCAUCUAUGGCCCUACCCCCAAGGAGGUCCUCACCAAAUACUCGAUUCUCACUGGAAAAUCAAACCGUGUACCAGCAUGGUCCUAUGGCCUAUGGCUUAGCACCUCGUUCACUACUUCCUAUGACGAAAAGACUGUGCGUCAUUUUGUUGAGAAGAUGUCCGAUUCCAAAAUUCCCGUCGAAGUCUUCCACUUUGACUGCUUUUGGCUCCGUGCCUUUCACUGGUGUGAUUUUAUUUGGGACCCUGAGUCCUUCCCAGAUCCUGCAGGCCAAAUCAAACGCAUGAAAGAAGAUGGGCUCAUCACCAAAGUCAGCGUCUGGACGAAUCCAUACAUUGGCCAAGCAAGCCCUGUGUUCAAGUAUGCAGCCGACAAGGGCUACCUGCUCAAGAAGACAAACGGCGAUGUGUGGCAGUGGGACCUCUGGCAGACCGGCAUGGGCAUUGUCGACUUUACGAACCCAGAAGCGUGCAAGUGGUUCAGCGAAUGCAUGGAGAAGCUUUUCGACGUUGGCGUUGACUCCAUCAAAACAGACUUUGGUGAGCGUAUUCCUACCAAAGAAGUCCAGUGGCACGACAAGACGGUCGAUCCAAACCGCAUGCACAACUACUAUGCCUUCAUCUACAACAAGCUAGUGUAUGAAUCAGUUCAAAAACGGUACGGAGAGCAUGAAGCUAUUCUCUUUGCGCGCACAGCAUGCGCAGGCUCCCAACGCUUUCCUCUCCAUUGGGGCGGUGACUGCGAGUCCACGCCUGCUGCAUUGUCCGAGUCAGUCCGCGGAGGCCUGAGCCUGGGACUUGCAUCAUUUGCCUUUUGGACCAGUGACAUUGGCGGCUUCGAGGGCAGUCCACCACCGUGGAUCUACAAGCGCUGGGUUGCAUUCGGGCUGCUCAACUCACACAGCCGACUUCAUGGCUCCAGCUCGUACCGUGUACCAUGGCUAGUCGACAACUCCUCUACUGAGCCUGAGAACUGCACCGAGGUACUGCGAUACUGGGUACAACUCAAGCGCACCCUCAUGCCAUACCUUUAUGCCCAGGCCGAAGAGAGUGUUGCCAACGGCUGGCCCACUAGUGUUCGCGCAGUGGCCCUCGAAUUCCCAGAUGAUCCAACAUCGUGGUAUUUGGACCGCCAGUUUAUGGUAGGUAGCCAGAUUCUGGCUGCACCCGUGUUUGAGGAAGACGGCACCGCCGAGUACUAUCUCCCACCCGGACGCUGGUUCAACUUCUGGGACGGCAAAGAGGCACAGGGUGGUCGAUGGGUCAAGGAAAAGUACGGCUUCCUCCAAUUACCACUGUUCGUGCGGGAGGGUACUGUGUUGGUGCUCGGGCGAGCAGAGGGCGAGGGUGGCUUCGGCUAUGACUGGCUCGCUUCUGGCGGCGAGAUCAGGCUGUAUGGUGUCAAACCAGGUGACAAAGCAGUGUUGGUGGACACCAGGGGCGAUCACAAGGGCACCCUAGAGAUUGAUGCCAAUGGCGAAGUCAAAGGCAAGGAAGCGUUGAGCGGGGAGUGGACAGUCUCAAAGCUGGGAUAG